GGUGUGUUUUUGUUGUGCCACAGGCGUCAGAGUAGCGCGGGCGUGUGUGUGGAGUUGCUCCGUAAUUUCACAGAUAUUAUCGGAUUAUUGGUGUAAAUGGCUUAGUAAAAGGUAAAUGUGGCAUUUUAGGGAUUUAAUUUGAACUUAAAUAAGUCUCCGUGUUUACGAGUCAUCGUGAAACAUUGUCGUCAAAACGUUUUUCACAAGUGUGCAAAAUUCACAGACUGCAAGUAACAGAAAAGAGACGAAGAAUGACAGAAGGAAGAAAGGGAUAAAUAUGGAAAACUGUAAAUAUUUUCAUGAGGUCUGGUCCUCUAUUUCUGUGUCCAUAAACCUGUUUCAGUAAAAAUAACGACCUUCUCGUCAAUGGCAUCGCUGUGGUCAAAAAUCUCUCCAGUAGUGCCUGCUAAUGAAGACCAGUUUCCACUGCAAUUCAGUGACAAAGUGGAGCUGAGUGUGGUGGAAAUGCUGCAACGGUCCAGGAAGCAGCUGUACAGCGACAUCACAAGUUCCAGCCGGUUGCUUAAUGCUCAGAUUAUUUUGGACAUUUCAUGGGAGAAGCUCAACACCGGAACAUGGCGGCACGUGGACAAGGAGUGGAGGCGCGUUUACUCGUAUGGCUGCUUCUUCAAAGUGGCGGCACUGUGUUGUGAAAGUCCGUCCGAAGACAAGAUCCUGGAGGCUGUUCGGACUUGCGACAUGGGUCUAAUCAUGGGCGCGGCCAUCAUGGGUGAUAUACUUCAGGUUAUUGUUCGGAUUCUGCAAAGUCACAUAAGGACAUUGAACUCUACUAAAGAAGAGGAUGAGAGUGAACGUGCUGAGGUCAAGAGAAUAAAGAUUGAAAGCCCGCUUGUCUCUGCAAUCAAAGAAGAGUUGGCGGUUCCCAGGAUAAGGUGUCCUUCACUGGAAAGUUUCAAAACAAACUACCUGCUCCCCCUCAAACCGGUGAUUUUAGAAGGAAUCAUCGACCAUUGGCCUGCUUUCAACAAACACCCCUGGAGCAUAGAAUACCUGAGGUCUGUGGCCGGCUGCCGGACUGUUCCUGUUGAAGUGGGAUCCAGGUACACUGAUGAGGAUUGGUCACAAACGCUGCUCACGGUCAAUGAAUUCAUUGAUAGAUACAUUUUGAAUAAAUUUGUUUUGUGUAUCAACAUUGAACAGGAUGGAGUGAAAGCUUUGGGUUAUCUGGCUCAGCACCAGCUUUUUGACCAGAUACCAGAGCUCAAGGAUGAUAUCCGCCUCCCUGAUUAUUGCUGUCUUGGUGAAGGCGACGAAGAGGAUAUUACUGUGAAUGCGUGGUUUGGUCCCGGGGGUACUGUCUCUCCUCUUCAUCAAGAUCCUCAACAGAACUUUCUGGCACAGGUAGUGGGAAGCAAAUACAUUCGCCUAUAUUCCCCUGAGAACACAGGCAAGCUGUACCCUCAUCAAUCACAGCUGCUUCACAAUACCAGUCAGGUGGAGGUGGAAAAUCCAGAUGCCGAGCGCUUCCCAGAGUUUGCCAAAGCUCCAUAUCUCGAAUGCAUGUUACAGCCUGGAGACGUUCUUUUCAUCCCUGUCCGACACUGGCACUACGUCCGCUCCUUAGAGCUCAGCUUCUCUGUCAGCUUCUGGUGGUCGUGAUUGCAGUUUCUAAAUGAAAAACCAUAUAGCAUGUGUGUAAUGAAACUAGUUCAGCCUGAUUUCUCCUGCUGUUGAAGAAGGUCACUGGAGAGCUUUUAACUAAUGUGAGGCUAAUAAAAGUAUUAGGACGACCUCUGAUUACAAAAACCUUUGAUCCAUGAACUAUGCACACACAUUGCUCAAUGAUUACUUUAAUUGUGCUGCUGAUGAUUGCAACAUCUAUUAUGUGGAAAGCGACCGGCAGCCACAGAAAACAACAAAUGAGCAGUUAAAAGUGUUUCUGCUCAUUUCAUUCUGCAUAUAAUUUACAGAGGGUUGUUAGUCAUCUAAUUUGAUAGGGUAUGUUUCUCUUUUCAAAUUGGCUUAUUUAAUUGUGUUCUCAACCUUAUUCCCACAAAUAUUCUCAGAUGUGUGAUUUCCAUAAUUCAUGGAAAUGAGGCAAGUCUUCAAAUUUAAUAACCAAGUGAGCUACAGGUACAGAAAUGUGGUAAUAAACACGGCUCUCUGGUUAAACUGACAGUCUGAGCUAAUCAAGCAGGUCACAGAUGAAAAUUAAUAAAUUAAAUGAAUUAAUCCCCUGGGCAUACACAGACUUUGAAAUUAAAACCAUCUCAUUGGUAAAGUACUUUGACAGCACAACUCUUGUUUGGCACCAGAAGCGCAAAACCUGACAACAAAGGGAGCAGCAGAUUUCAGACCUCUGACAAGCCACAGUCGUGUAUCCUGUAGGUCCUGUUCAGUCAAGCCUGGUUAUUACAACUAUGAUGUGAGGAAGUGACAAAAUUAAGCAGAUCUGCCCUAAUGUGCGUGUUUGAUCUGGAUUCAGUCAGAAGUAGCGGUGUUUUGGGAAAUCAAGGCAGUGUCAGACAGGUGAACUUGAAGAGUUGUGGGGAAUGCUUUGAUAAAGCACUUUAGCUCAAGGAAAGGAUAUAUAAUAGACACUUUUUCCUUCAGUUUAAGAGGGUAAAAAAUACAAAGGAAUUGUAGUUCAAAACAACAAAGUGGCCUCAACAAGCUAAAAUAUUUUUCUGAAAACAUAAGCUAUAUACUGUCUGACUCUGAAAAUGAUUUAGCCAAAAAAAAAAAGCAUAAAUAGUCAUGUGAAACAUUCCUUUGAACAUGGUGGCUUGUGGGCAUUCAUUUAUGCACAGCUCUCUUGAGGUCCCCCCACAGCAUUUCGAUCAGGUUGAAGCCUGAACUUUAACUGGGUCAUUGCAACACCGUGAUUCUUUUCUUUUGUUGUAGAUUUUCUCCUGUACGUAGGAUCAUUGUCCUGUUACAUGACCCAGUUUUGGCCCAGCUUUAGCUGUCAGACAAAUGGCUUCACAUUUGCCUCUAGAAUACUUCAGCAUACAGAGGAAUUCAUGGAUGAAUCGAUGACUGCAAAGUGCCCAGGUACUGUGGCUGCAAAACAAGCCCAAAUCCUCACCCCUACACAGUUGGUCUGAGGUGUUUGUGCAGAUGUGCUGUGUUUGGGUUUUCAAACCUUUCAAACAUCUGACCUUGGGGUAGAUUUGCUGGUAUGUCCACUCCUGGGAAAAUUGUAGCAUUGUUAACACACACCAAACUUAAAAUCUCUACUUUGAUAGAAGUGGUCAGACUUGCUGAUGAUCAGUUCAUCAAGUGGGUUUUAUUAGCAACAUCUGGCUACUUAUCUUCGAAUUCCUACGAAAGCAAGAAGGGUGUAUUUCACAUUCCUAGUUUUUCACAGGAAUGCACAGAGUCCUGUGAAAAAAAUAUAUUAAUGUAUUUGUAUUACAGAUGUAGUUUUAAUGACUGCAAAUGGACCAGUGAUUAUACAGCUAGCUGGUGAGAUGGAUGCAGCUACUGUACAAGCUUUCAUAUUUUUUGUUUUAUUAAACAUUUUUUUCUUUUUGGUAAAUCUUAAGAAUUCACGACACCACACUAAUCAUUUAGCAGCUUAAGGCAAUCAUAAAGGAGAAAAAAGGGACAAACCAUUCCUUCUAAAGGUACUAAGGUAAAAUAGCAAUGCCCUCUGCAGCCUCUGAUUUACUUAUUUUUCCUAAUAUUUUUAUGCACAAUUUAAAUUUCAUGUUUUAGUAUGUUUAACUAAAAAUAUACUUACAAACACCCAUUAUCACAAAUGGGCAUAGAUAUUCUGUUUGUAGUUUAUUUCUGGGUCAAUUAAAUUCUCCCAACCUACACUGCAGUAUUGUAAUUUUGGUAAAACCAAGCAAAAGUAGUUUUAAUAUUUAAAAAUAUGCAAGUUUAGCUAUGAGGCCUCUUUCCCUUUUUUGUUUCUGUAGAUACAGGUGGCGUGAUAAAUAUUGCCUCCUGCAUUAAAGAUGCCAGUGUUUGGCCUGAUUUCUGCAAAUUUCAGGUAAUAGACUUAUCCAAAGUUGGUUACUUUCCUCACAAGCUUAUCUCUCCAAACUUAAUAAUAUGAACCCUGCCAGGAUUUAAUUCUUUAAGUAAAUGCUGUACACUUCACUUAGCCCUUCAGUGCUUUGUUGUUGUCAAGUAAGUGGCACAAUUGACUUAAGAUCACACAAAACUGCUUACUCUCAUUAUAAUGUAAUCAAUACUCAAUUACCAGUGAAGUAAUGUGGGACCUCUGGGCCUGUAACCCUUUCCCUUAAACUUAGACCUCGCUUCGCCUUCUUUUUGAUUAAUGGUGAUUGAUUUUCAAAUAAAUCUGGCAAAUCAGGAUUAGAUCCAUUCGAUUUACAGUAGGCAAUAGACAAUACAGUUACUUCUGGAUGUACAAGUUUUAGUGAGAAAAUACUGGAACCCAAAUCUGAAACACAGAUUUGGAAAAAGCUCAAGAUUAUUUCUGUACAGAUAUGUAAUAUAAGUAGCUCAAUAAUGGAACAUUGUUUUAAUGUUGCAUGAUUGCGAAUGUUGCAAUUUGUGAAUUGGAAUGAAGAAUGAAAGAAAACAACCCAAAAAUUAAAGUGCAGGCUCUCAACUUGUCUGCAGGUCACAUAUAAUUUAAUUAAUACACAUGAGCACAUUAAUGUUUAUCUACAGAUCAAACCUUUCGUCAGCUGUUACCACUUGCCUUGACUGAAACAUUUGCACCGCUGACUUAAAUGAUCAUUUAUAAUAAUCAUGUAGACCACAACGCAGUCUAUAGUUGAGCACCCCAGUGUUUUAAAAUUCAUUAAAAAUUUAUUCAGCAAAAUUGGUGACAUUUACAUUAAUAUGCAAAAUUGUAAAAAAAAAAAAGAAAUGAAGUGAUUGUCAAGCAUUAAUUAGUAUCGUGUAUUCUUGUCAUUAUAAACAACACUAAACAUCCUGCAGUAAGACUUGAGAUACAUAAAUUAACUUCAACAAUGGCACCGUUAUUACGAACGUGAGCUUCCAAAACAAUGCAAAGCAGAUGAUAAGGUAAGUUAUUAAAAUUCCAUAUUAAGACCACGUGCAGUACAACAGAGUAAUAGAAACAUAACUUUAAAGAUGUCUGAUGACCACUUUGUAGAGUGAGAGGAAAAAAGGAUUGUGCAAAGUACAGUGUGGACAGGCAGCUUGGUUUCAGCUAUGGUAUCAAUUCGAACUCUUGUUAGUGUCGAUGCUAUGCAAAUAUGCAUGACCCUCAGUGCUUCAUUAUAGAAAGAGAUUUUAAAAAGCGCUUCAUGAAAUGAGAUUUUUAAAAAUUACAGGAUUUCUGCUGGCCUCAUUUUAUCCCAAAAA